AUGCGAGGCUACACCAGCAGUGUCCUGAGCGCCCAUCCCUCUUCCUUCUCCUCCUCUCCUCGGUUUGCUUUUCACACGCCUCCUUCCUUUUUCAGAUACGACAGCUUUGGCCGUCUCACGAACAUCACCUUCCCUACUGGUCAAGUCAGCAGCUUCCGGAGCGACACGGAUAGCUCGGUGCAUGUCCAGGUUGAAACCUCCAGCAAGGACGAUGUCACCAUAACGACAAACCUGUCCGCCUCUGGCGCCUUCUAUACCCUCCUGCAAGAUCAAGUGCGAAACAGCUAUUACAUCGGUGCAGACGGUUCUCUCCGGCUCAUGCUGGCGAAUGGCAUGGAAGUAGCGCUGCAGACCGAACCUCAUCUGCUGGCUGGCACGGUGAACCCGACGGUGGGGAAAAGGAACGUGACCCUGCCCAUCGACAACGGGCUCAACCUGGUCGAAUGGAGGCAGCGCAAAGAGCAGGCGAGAGGCCAGAUCACGGUUUUUGGGCGCAGACUGAGGGUUCACAACAGGAACUUGCUGUCCCUUGACUUUGACCGUGUGACAAGAACAGAGAAGAUCUAUGAUGACCAUCGCAAGUUCACACUGCGGAUCCUGUACGAUCAGGCUGGUCGGCCCAGCCUUUGGUCUCCCAGCAGCAGGCUGAAUGGAGUAAACGUGACGUAUUCAGCAGGAGGGCAUAUCGCUGGAAUCCAAAGGGGAACGAUGUCAGAAAGGAUGGAGUAUGACCAGUCUGGGAGGAUUACAUCCAGAAUCUUUGCUGAUGGCAAAGCUUGGAGCUACACAUACCUAGAGAAGUCCAUGGUAUUGCUUCUUCACAGCCAGAGGCAGUACAUUUUCGAAUUUGAUAAGAAUGAUCGCUUAUCGUCUGUGACCAUGCCCAACGUAGCUCGGCAAACUUUGGAAACCAUCCGUUCCAUUGGCUAUUACAGGAACAUCUACAGGCCCCCAGAGGGCAAUGCAUCCGUUGUUGAGGAUUUCAACGAGGAAGGGCAACUCCUUCACACCUGUCAUCUGGGGACAGGGAGGCAUGUCAUCUACAAGUACGGCAAGCUCUCCAAGCUGUCGGAAAUGCUCUAUGACACCACCAAGAUCAGCUUCACCUAUGACGAAACCGCCGGGAUGCUGAAGACCAUAAACCUGCAAAACGAGGGGUUCACCUGCACGAUCAGGUAUCGGCAGAUUGGGCCUCUCAUCGAUCGGCAGAUCUUCCGUUUCACAGAGGAAGGCAUGGUGAACGCCCGCUUUGACUAUAAUUACGACAAUAGCUUCCGGGUGACCAGCAUGCAAGCCGUGAUCAACGAGACCCCCUUACCCAUUGACCUCUACCGGUAUGAUGAUGUGUCGGGCAAAACCGAACAGUUUGGCAAGUUUGGGGUGAUCUACUACGACAUCAAUCAGAUCAUCACCACAGCUGUCAUGACCCACACCAAGCAUUUUGAUGCCUACGGCAGGAUGAAAGAAGUACAGUAUGAGAUAUUUAGGUCCCUGAUGUACUGGAUGACAGUGCAGUAUGACAACAUGGGCAGAGUAGUGAAAAAGGAGUUGAAGGUUGGCCCGUACGCCAACACCACGAGGUACUCAUACGAGUACGAUGCUGACGGCCAGCUGCAGACUGUCUCUAUUAACGAGAAGCCGCUUUGGCGGUACAGUUACGACCUAAAUGGGAAUCUCCAUUUGCUGAGUCCCGGGAACAGCGCUCGCCUCACACCACUGAGGUACGAUCUCAGGGACCGGAUUACAAGACUGGGGGAUGUGCAGUAUAAGAUGGAUGAAGACGGUUUCUUAAGACAAAGAGGGAAUGACAUUUUUGAGUACAAUUCUGCGGGCCUGCUCAUCAAGGCGUACAACAAAGCCAGCGGCUGGAGCGUUAAAUAUCGUUACGACGGGCUCGGAAGGAGGGUUUCCAGCAAAACCGCCCACGGUCAUCAUCUGCAGUUCUUUUACGCCGAUCUCGCCAACCCCACCAAAGUCACGCACUUGUACAAUCACUCGAGUUCUGAAAUCACCUCCCUCUAUUAUGACCUCCAGGGCCAUCUCUUUGCCAUGGAGCUAAGCAGCGGGGAUGAAUUUUACAUUGCGUGUGACAACAUCGGGACCCCGUUGGCUGUCUUCAGUGGAACGGGCUUAAUGAUCAAGCAGAUUCUAUAUACAGCCUACGGCGAAAUCUAUAUGGACACCAACCCAAACUUCCAGAUCAUUAUCGGUUACCAUGGAGGCCUCUACGACCCCCUGACGAAGCUCAUACAUAUGGGGAAGAGGGACUACGACGUACUUGCUGGCCGGUGGACCAGCCCAGACCACGGCAUUUGGAAGCGCCUAAGCAGCAGCAACAUCAUGCCUUUCAAUCUUUAUAUGUUCAAGAACAACAACCCUAUUAGUAACUCUCAGGAUAUAAAGUGCUACAUGACAGAUGUCAACAGCUGGUUGCUUACGUUUGGAUUUCAACUGCACAAUGUUAUCCCUGGAUAUCCGAAGCCGGACGUGGAAGCCAUGGAGCCCUCCUAUGAACUCGUCCACACCCAACUAAAAACCCAAGAAUGGGACAACAGCAAGUCGAUCUUGGGAGUGCAGUGUGAAGUCCAGAAACAACUGAAGGCUUUCGUCACUUUGGAGCGCUUCGAGCAGAUCUACAGCUCCAGCAUUGCCGGAUGUCAUGAAGUCAAGGAGAAUCUUAAUUUUGCUUCUGGCGGCUCGGUCAUUGGCAAGGGGGUCAAGUUUGCCAUGAAGGACGGAAGGGUCGCCACCGACAUUAUCAGCACAGCUAACGAGGACGGGCGGAGGAUUGCAGCCAUACUGAACAACGCGCACCACCUGGAGAACUUGCACUUCACCAUCGAGGGCGUGGACACGCACUAUUUUGUCAAGCAAGGCCCUUCAGACGGCGACUUGUCCAUCCUGGGCCUCAGCGGUGGGAGGAGAACCUUGGAAAACGGGGUCAACGUCACCGUUUCCCAGAUCAACACUGUGCUCAACGGAAGGACUAAACGAUACACAGACAUCCAGCUCCAGUACGGAGCGCUGUGUCUCAACACCCGGUACGGGAUCAGCUUGGACGAGGAGAAGACCCGCGUGCUGGAGCUCGCCAGGCAACGGGCGGUGGGCCAGGCCUGGGCGCGUGAGCAGCAGAGACUGCGGGACGGGGAGGAGGGCGCCCGCUUCUGGACAGAAGGGGAGAAGCAGCAGUUGCUAAACACAGGGCAGGUUCAGGGCUACGAUGGCUAUUUUGUGAUCUCAGUGGAGCAGUAUCCAGAACUCUCGGACAACGCCAACAACAUCCACUUUAUGAGACAGAGUGAGAUGGGCAGAAGGUGACAGGGCGGGUCGGCGCGUUGACUUCUUGCCAAAGACAGCUACUCUUUUUGUGGCCGCGUACCAGACUGUGUUGUACUCAAAUCCCUUUUUUUAAAGAGAGAGAGAGAGAGAAAGAAAGAAAGAAAUGAAAUGAUAGUGAACAAAGGUGGGGUGGAGUGGUCAUACAGUUGCACUGUAACUCAUGCCACAUCCCUUUUAUUUUAUUUUAAUUUUUUUAGAUUGGCUUUUUUUUCACCUGUUACAGUCGGCCUCUCGCCUCUCCUGAGAUCAGAAAGUGUAUUUCACCCUUGCGUAAGCGCGGUGAAAUCCUGUGUCCUUUUUUAAGCCUUUAAACAUUCAGGAAAAAAGAAAAGAAAAGGAGAAUUGUUGAGGUCAAUCUAUAGGUUUUUGAAUGCGACGGGGACAGGAUCUCGGUAUUAGGUUCAUGCUAACCCUUUCUACUUGGGUUGGAAAAUGGGAGAAGAAAGGAUUUCCAAUCAUGAGCAGAGGGAAAAGGAAGCUCACAGCAUUUUAUGGUGCGCACAGAAAACAAAGGAAAAAAAAUGAAGAAGCAGCUGGAGACUGUUCAAAACCUUCUUAAUGUGAUCCUUCUACAUAAGUAUGAACCUCUAAAGGAGAACUUGCAGGUUGUUUUCAUUUUCCAUUCUUUCUGGGCAAUCUUGAGGCUCAGAGGUAGCCGAACGAGGCAACAUAGCUGCAUCUUAUAGACUUGCAAGAUAAUGAAUCUUUCCCUUUCUGGAGAUGGAAUAAUCUUUUUUUAUUUUUUUUAAACGAGUCUUUUUUACUACAAUAGGCUAUUUUGUUCACCAGUUUGAUUUUUGUGUUUGUGUGCGCGCGGCAGAGUACGUAUCGGUGCAAAUCUCCUUCUUUCCUUUUUUAAGUUUGAAACCCCCCAUAACAGCUAUUGGGAUUGGGGUGGGGGCGGGUAGGGAAGGAUUCACACUCUACUAGAAUUAACUUUUCUUGCACACGGCGAUGGAUGGGAAGCGCCGCUGAUGUAUAUUUGUCAAUGGUAAACUCUCCUUAAAUAUAUAGUAUUUCUGUACACCAGGUCAAGUGUCUUAACAAUCCUCUUUCAAAGAUGGGGACGUCUUUUCUUAGAAGCUGAGGAGGCAGUGUUCCAACUGCAGGGCUCACCGGUCGGUGAAAGGUUUUCGGUUCCUCCCAAAAACGAUGAAAACCAAACUAGAUGUCGAUGUGAGAGACAUACAGAGAGUCUCUCUGUGCUUUCCGUUUUCAUUUUAAUGCAGCUUCAGGAGAGGGGAUUACCAACCCAUGGUUAGAGCAGUGGGGUGGGAGCGGGGCUCACCCUGCUAUUAAGUGGUAAGACCCUGCAAUCUGGACCACAGACCGUCCCCAGCGAAAGGGGGGGUACAGUGGUGCCUCGCUAGAUGAUGAUAAUCUGUUCCACUGAAAUCGCUGUUUAGCG